AUGGACAGCCGCAGGUUGAUCUACAGGAAGGUUGUCUCCAAUAACUGCACGGCGGGGGUGAUCGCCGAGUACACGUCCAGGGCGGGCAGCGCUGGUCCCGUCCAGGCGCCCCGCGGCCUGCACCUGGUCACGAGAGAGGGCACGCUGACCGCCACGCUGGCCGCCAACGUCACCUUCCUCGUCUUUCUGGAGGAGGGCGACGGCAGCAGCACCAGCGUGACGCUGGACUUCGGCGACGGCCACGCCCUCACCUACUCCAACGUGAGCUCCGUGGACGGCGGAGUGCGGCACGUGUACAAGGCGGUGGGCAUCUACCGCGUGGCGGCCAGCGCCCGGAACCACCUGGGCUCCGACGCCGCCGUGCUCUACCUGCACGUCACAUGUCAGCUGGACUACAUCCACCUGGUGGCCCCGUUUGUGGCGGUGAGGAACAAGGAGGUGAACCUGACGGCCGUGCUGUGGCCGGGCCAGGUGGGCACGGUCACCUACAUCUGGUGGAUCGGCAACAGCAGCGAGCAGCCGAUCAUCACCCUGGAGGGCAGUGUGGCGUGCACCUUCCCCCAGGAGGGGGUCACCACGGUGACGGUGCAGGUGUCCGCAGGGAGCACCAUCCUGCAGGAUAGGAAGACCAUCUCAGUGCACGAGGUGUUCAGAUCCCACCUGCUGGCCUUCUCGGCCAACCUGGACGACCACAACCCGGAGGUGGCUGAGUGGAGGCUGGACCUGAGCAGGGUCAUCCGGACCUCUCUCAUCCAGGCUACAGCGGUGGAGGAGGAGCAGCUGCUGGUGGCCGUGCUGCCCGGCCUGCCCACCACCGCAGAGGUCUUCCUGCUGCCCGACCACAAGCCCACGGAGGGGAAGCCCGAGAGCAGCACCGCCCAGUUAGACCAGCUCUCUGAGGCGCUGCUCACCGCCCUGAACCAGAACCUGGUGCAGUUCACGCUGCGGCCGGGGGUCCAGGUCACGGUGUACUCAGCCCACCUGUCCGCAGCGCCCCAAGUGGACACCAGUGAGAACCACAGCAGCUCGGCCAUGCUAAUGCUGCUAUCUGUAGUGGUUGUGGGAUUAGCUGUAUUUGUCGUCUACAAAUUCAAAAGGAAGAUCCCAGGCCUCAACGUCUAUGCGCAAAUGCAGAACGAAAAAGAGCAAGAAAUGAUCCAAAGUCCAGAAAGUCCGACAGAUAGCACGCCCGACUCCCAGCGGGGCCUGGUGGCAUCCUCGGAGAUUCUGGACACAGAGUUCAACUCACGGCCCAACGUGGCCCCGCCUAGGUUCCAGCGCCACCCGUUACUGCCCCGAGGGUUGGCGGAGCCCGCCUCGGUCAGGAGUUGAAUCCCACGGAGUUACAGGCAAAAAAAGCAAUGAAAAAUCAAUAAGUAUGCACAUUUGGAUAACGACUCGCUUUUUCAGUAAUUCCUCUAACACCUGGGUGCGUUCCUAUUAAUUUUCGCCACCUUUCACUAAUUAUUGAUCCCAACUUGGCUUGGUUGCUUGGAUAUCCUUUUUUUCCCUCUUUUUCUCCUAUUUUUCCGCGCCUUUUUUGGUCUCACCUAUUAACCGAGAAGGAGGUCUGCUGUGUUACGGCGUCCCUGUUCCUGCCUGAAUGGAUUUAUACCUCUCCUUUCACACAUGAAACCUUGCUGGGGUUACGCGUGGCUGCUCUGUCUGCAGUGAUCUGCUGCACUUUGCUAUCAAACCUUCUCCUCCUCCCUGCGGCAGUUAUCAAGAUCUCCCGCUUUCGAUCGAAAAAAGACCUCUCUCGUCUCUCGGUCUGCCCCUGACUUUGUCCCCUCUCUUUCUAUCUCACUCGCUCUUUUCAAUGAACUAAACCAACACAAUGAGUUGUGUCACUGUCAUGGAUGGAUGAUGAUGACGAAGUAUCUCUGUAACAACUCCUAAUUCCCUGUUCUUUCUUCCUCCCUUUUUUUGUUUUGUUUUUUUCCUUUCAAGGAUGUACAGAACCCUGUAUAUAUGUAAAGUCCUCACCGGGCCUCCCUACAUAUGUCAAUGUCUAAACACUGGACCUCGGUCACCAGUCUCCAAGACUGUCCUGGUUUCUGCUUUUGUUUCUUUUCCGCUGUUUGGGACUCUAUGGUUUGGAGCUUUAUACCUGUGCAUAUGUCGGAGGUCGCUGAUACAUGCCACACUCGGAGAAAAGAAAUACUCUGUGGAGGGCUUUCCUUUUGGUUUUAGUUUUUUUGUUUUAAACUCCUCAAGUAUGUUUGUUCAACAAAACAUUUCGAUUAUAUUUAUUCAUACGAGUCCAUUGCGUAAUCUAGACCGAAAGCCAGCAUGAACUCAUUAAGGGAAGAGAAAAAAAAAUUAACCAAGAGACAAAAAAAUUAACCAGGAGCAUUUGUUUUUCGCUGAACAAAUUCACAGUUUGUUUGCUGUACUAUAACAACAAUGGCAGUAUUGUAUUAUGUAUUCAUGUGAAUAUCAUUUACGGAAGAAUAUCAUUGAAAUGAAGCAGAUUUUUUUGUAAAAUCACGAAUGUUUAUGUAAGAAAUGAGAAAUGUGUGUAUUUUAAUACAAUUAUCAAAGUAAAAAGAAAUACAAUUAUGAAAUAUAUAAAUAUAAUUAGAUAUCCAUUGUCUCUUCAAAAAAAGAUUAUGGCACAAUACACAUUUGAUACUACUUACUAUAAUUUCUUUGCUUUAUUUAUUAACUCGAUAUAGUUGCAGAGUUCGAUUUUUUCACCUUUGCCAUUAAUGCGUUCACACAUUUCCUCCCAUUCAAUUGAAUUGCCUCAAACAAACAGUUAUCUAUUUUUCUUCUUGGAAACAAUAAACCCGUGUUGUCACCUGAGGUGCAGGAAAUACAGGCACAGUUCAUCAAUCUUUACCCGCUCUGGAAAAUAACAUGGAACUGGAGGAUUGUAAAAAAAAAAACUAAAGAGGACCAUCCCAGCAGUAGGUGAUGCAAAGUUAACCCCCUCAAACCAAAAACAAACUCUACUCUACAAGCAUCCCCGUCCUACUGCGAACAGUGUGCCGUAAUGUACCCACAUCGAAAAUGUAGGUGACUGUUAGAAUGUAAUACAAGCCCUUUUGCGUCACUGGUUGAAAGAGCAGCCUCACAGAGGGGAAGGAGAGGAGGGGUAGGAGGGUAAAGACGUGGAACACCGUUUUUUCGGGGACUUGGACGAAUUAGGGGGUUUCUGUUUGAUAGAGCAGGAGAAGUUGACUUCAUGAAUACUUAUUACCCGCUAGGCCCCGCCCAAGGCUGGCUAAGGUUGGUUACACAAUUAGGCUAAUGUCCCGCUCCUGCUCAGAAGUAGCGUCGCUCUUUGUACUGCUAACUCAUUAGCAUGCUCUGUGCAGAUGCUAUCAGGCUACAUUGAGGGUAACAGGCUCAACCUCCAUGGUCGUUUUUUAGGGGGGGGGUUCAGUGGAAUCCCGAGAGGCGUACAUAUGUUGAUUGAUUACGCAGCAAAACUUUUUUGAAGGACCUUUAUUUAUUUUUCAUAUUUUUUUCCUCAAGCUUUGUCACAAUUACCCCAUGUCGACGACGGGGUUCAAUGUUGAAAAUAUACAUGGGCAAACUCACACACGCACACACACACAAACAUGAACAUGCUUGCGGGGGAAGACAUUAGACUUUCAAAGCGUAAUUGUACAGUUGUUUUAAUUUCCGAGCAAUAGAUGUUUUGUUUUGGGUUGCUUUUUUUUUUUUACUGCCGUGCCCUGUGGGUUUCCAUUUGAUUCAUGAACCAAGCUACUGACUGACUAACUGGCUGACUGUGCCGUCCGCUGUCUCCUGUUUUAAAGGGAGCACUGUGUACACUUUUCCUCCACUGUUUACUGUCUAGUCCCUCCGUCUACCACAGCACUGAGGCGACCUUGUAGUCUCAGCGGAAGAUAUGAGUUAACAGCAUAGAUUUAUCUCCUCCAUUUACUUUCAUGAGCGACUGGCACCGGUAAUAAUAGACACAUUGUGCGUACGUUGUGGGUGGUUAUUUAUUGCUACACCAUAGGCAUGUGGAUCAACUUGCGCCUGAGGACAGAGACAUGUGACAAACAAAGAGAAUACUUCUUCCACCAACUUGACAGGCGACAGGUUCCUAUAACAUUCAUUGAACAAGUGUGGAAACAACGGACACAGUGCUCCUUUUAUCGGAGAUGUGUUCAUCUCUGAGCUGCAUGCCAAGGUUAUCUUGGGAAGAUUUCUGCUUUCAUUCAUUUUUUUUUAAUAUAUUGUCCUUGUUUUGUAUAAUCUAAUAUCGCAGGACUUACCUUACUCUGCUCCCUCCAAGGACACGGUGAAAGGCAAACGUCACAAGUGGUUAUGUCCUAUCGAGUCCAUCCAUCAAAUAUAUCUGAAACUCUGCAAACUACUGUACACUGACUACCUAGUUACGGGAAUAUGUCCUUCACGAAUGGAGAAGGAAAGGUAUAGAUUUGCAAUGUCAUUAUAUCCAGAUCCAGGCCAUUAUCCGGGGUGUAGAAAUUCUAAUUUCCAGUCAGUAUUCAAAGCAAGGGACACCCCUCCUCCCUACCAGAAUCAAAUCCCAAAGAAUUGAUGUAGCAGCUGCGAGAGUCACUAAGCCUGAGAUUUAUUUGAGAGAAGAAGAAGAAGAAGAAGAAAAAAAAAAAAAAAGGAAUAGGAUUUAGAGACACCUUUUUGAAAUGCAUUGGUAAUGGCACAGGGAGAAGGACCGACGGAGCUCCGGCAUCUGGGUGAUAGCCCCCUGGAGGGCCAUACGUCCUGGUUAGGAGCCACAGUCAUCACACGAUAGCUUAGAGGCUGAAAUUAAAAGUAGGAUUGCUUUCCGGACGUAAAAAAAAAACCUUUCCCCCCCCCCCCUCCCAAAUACAACGCCUCCCCGCCCCCCGUAGAGCUAGCAAGACUAUUUUUGUAAAGAAAUAUUAAUAAUGAAUUAUAAUAAUACACAAAAAAAAGAGUUUUAAUACUGUACAGCUUUUGUAUAAGAGCAGACGUUAAGGUGUUACAAUGUUUUGUUUGACCUCAACUGUGCUGUGUGUAAUUGUUUUAUGCAUUUACAAUCAUAUUUAUUAAAAUGGGAAGAGUCUGUAA